AUGGUGGUGAAAGUGUACGGCCCAACCUAUGGUUCUCCGAAAAGGGUGUUGGUGUGUCUCUUUGAAAAAGAAGUUGAGUUUGAAGCUGUUGAUAUCGAUAUCUUCAAGGGAGAGCAUAAACAACCUGAUUUCCUCAAACUGCAGCCUUUUGGAGAGCUUCCUCUUGUUCAAGAUGGUGAUUAUACCCUCUAUGAAUCUAGAGCAAUUAUCAGAUACUAUGCAGAAAAGUACAAGAACCAAGGAACUGAUUUGUUGGGAAAGACAAUAGAAGAAAGAGGUCUUGUGGAACAAUGGCUUGAAGUGGAAGCACAUAGCUUUCAUCCAGCAAUCUACAACUUGGUGGUCCAGGUUCUGUUUGCUCCAUUAAAGGGUGCUCCUUCUGACCAAAAAGUGAUUGAAGAGAGUGAUGAAAAGCUGAAAAAAGUGUUGGAUAUUUAUGAAGAAAGACUGUCAAAGACAAAGUACUUGGCUGGUGAUUUCUUCAGUCUUGCUGAUCUUAGCCAUCUUGCAUUUGGUCACUAUUUGGUGAAUCAAACUGGGAGAGCAAGUUUGGUUAGAGAGAGGAAACAUGUGAGUGCUUGGUGGGAUGAUAUUAGUAACAGACCAUCUUGGAAGAAGGUUCUGGAGCUAUAUAACUACCCUGUGUAA